UUCUCUACACUACAGCCACGAUGGACUUCACUUCACAUGGCAGUCAUGAAUAACGAGAUCAACGUUGUCAAGGUGAUGCUGUCACAUGACAGUGACGGUGUCACCUUGGAUACCACACUGCGUGACAGUGAAGGGAAAACAGCGUUGGAUCUAGCCAGGGAAGAGAAGCAUGAGGGAUGUGUGCAGUUGCUGGUGGAUCACGAGAGUGCGAAGGAGGCCAAACAGCUGCAGGCAGGAGAUACUGCUGUUCUGCGAAGUAUCAGUGACCUCGAAGCAGCAGAGCAGGAGGCAGCCAGGUUGGGCGGUACGACCGUCAUCCAUUUCCUGCACGUGGCAAUACUUGGUGCGGCGCGCGUUGGAAAGACCAGCUUGCUGAAGGCGUUGCUUGAGAAGAUGCACGAUGAGAAUGAACUCAGCACGCCCGGCAUGCGCACGUCCUACGCAACUACAAGCAUCUCUGAUGACUGUCGAUUCACCGAAUGCCCAGACAUGCCAGAUGCUCUGAGUCGACUCUACGUCAUCACCAUGAUGUGCAAACCAUCCACUUCGAAUCAUCCCCAAGACAAAGAGACAACACAAGAUGACAGAGAGAGAGCCCCAGCAGGAGAGGAUCCUGUGGCUGGGACCCAUGCAGGACCUAUGGAGGACAGCAGUAGCAGCAGCAGCAGCAGCAGCAGCGACGGGCCAGCAAUGCGCGAGGAAAUCCACAAGACCAUCGCAGGAUUUCUCAACGCAGACCGGGUAAAGUACAUCUCUGACCGGGCCAACAUCCCCGACUAUACCGUCAUCACAUUCCGUGACCUUGGAGGGCAGCAAGUCUACCAAUCCGUGCAGCCCCUCUUCAUGGCCAAAAACACAACCUUUAUUGCCACAUACAACUCUUCUCUGGACCUUCUAGAGACCCUUCCCAAGCUCGAUAAAUAUCAGUUCAGCCAGGAAGAAUGUAUCGAGCGGGCCACUCUACCGGCCAAUGCGACUCGCCUAGACCAGCUGCUAAGCUGGCUCGACAUGCUGCUGCUGAAUGCGAAAGCUGACAGCAGCACAGACCAGAGUGCUGCAGAUGUGUUUGUAGUGGGGUGUCAGAGUGACAUGUGGAAGAAAACCGAUUUGCCUGAUCCUUGUAAACUACUUCGAAAGAAUAUCGAAGGUUCGCCGUAUAAGAAGCUUGUCUGGAACGAAACAUCGUACUUCAAAAUCGACAGCACCAGAUCCACUGGAAGUGCAGCACAAGCAGAUGAGCUGCAGCGAUUGAGAGAGGCCAUCAUCGACCGCUGCCGGGAGAGCCAACGUAACAUCCCUGUUCCAUGGCUCCGAUUCUGCAUAACCAUACACACGCUCAAGCAGGAGGUCACGUGGCCUUGGAUUUCCUUCAAGGAGGCAAAGUUCAUAGCGAAGCAAGUCAAGGCUGUUCCACAUGACUGCAGUGACCGGCAAAUAGAGCUGCUGCUGAAGUACUGCCACGAAGCAGGCCACCUGGCGUACUUCCCAACUCUCAAGCUGAAAGACACGGUCAUCCUGGAGCCCCAGUUCAUCCUGGACUGUGUCAAUGCCUUUGGCUACAUGAAGCUUGACCGAGACAUCACAAUGCACGAAGAGCGGCGCUAUAAGUCUGGGUUCAUGACGGAGUCCCUGGCACGCAAAGCUCUCAACAAGAUGUUCGAGGGUCAGUCUUACUGCGACCAUGCUAAGGCGUGGCAAGCAGUCAGAGCAAGCAGUGAUGGGUUCAAGCUCAUUUUUGAAAUCCUAGAAUGGCUCUCAGUCCUGGCAAUUGUGCAGGAUGAGCACGAGUUUAUUGUACCUGCAAUCGUCCGGGACAUGGGCACGGACCCCCAGCUGCCUUGUUCCUGUGCCUACGUGUCCUUUAAGCACGCAGACAGCGAUGAGUUGAUGCACUUUCCCGUGUUCCUGUACUGGCAAUGCGUGGUGGAGGUGCUGCUGCAGUCACACAAUCGCUCGGCUGCCACGCUGUCACGGUGCAGCGUUCGCGUUCGCUGGAACGAUUGUCCAUGGCUGCACCUGCACUAUACACGUUACGGCUUACAAGUGUACGUCGAGUGCGAGGGCCGACCCGGCGGCAGCGGAAAGUCUACGCUGGAUGAUGUCCGGGCAAUCGUGCGCACAGUGCUAUGGAAGUGGAGCCUGCAGGUCAAAGUGAUCAGCACAUUGCCAUGCCCCUGCGGAGAAACAUCGGGCGAGGAGUGUUUACAGCAUGGCUUAUCUACCUGCUGCGCACCAAGCUGUGCGCACGCCUUGGACGCUUCCACCCUAGUGGCUGAAGACUACCCACUGUGUACACGUUCAAAGAAGCGGGAUAUACAGAUGAUCCGUGAGCAGGCCAUGUUCUGGCUGGGCCUUGACCAGGAUGCACGUGGAAGGCUGUUUGACCCGAGAUCGACCUCUCUUCCUUCAGAUGAGUCUCUUGACCAACAGCUCUCUGACAUGACAGCAUGGGAGAGUGACGUCUUCACAGAACUUCGGCCUGACCUGGUUUCCACGCUAACUCCAGGUGAUAUGCGUCGCCAGUGUGCGGCUAGGAAGUUGAUUACGCGUGCACAGAGUCAGCUAUUUGCAUCAAACACUGGCCGUGCAGCACAGAAUGAGGAAUUGCUCGAUGCACUAAGCACUGGUGAUGACGUAUCCUUCCACACCUUCCUUGAAUGCAUCCGUAACGUCGAGCCACCAGCCAGCGCGAGAAGGUUAUUGGCCAAGCUGGAACCCAUCGACAAGUUCCGGGCAGCCCGGCAGUACUGCUGAGGCCGCAUUAGCGUCUGCAGGAGCAUCUGCUGCUGGUCCAGUGAGUGCAAGAUUCACUGCUGUCACGCUGGCAGAACGACCCUCAUCGCAUGGACCGACGCCAGCUGGCCCUCAUCUUCCUGGCGCAUGCGUCCGACGUCCUCGAGAAUGCGUUUGCCCCACUGAGCGACGA